AUGACCUACCUGGAAGAUGAUCAAUUCCGCUCUGUGAGUGGAAUGGAUGUUCUGUGGACGCUCGCGGUGAUCGCAGCCGAACUUCUCUCCUUGUCCACCCUCGUCUACGUGGCAUGUGCUGCACACUACUACUUUUCCACCGCGGAGUUCCCUCAUGGCAUCUGUGAACCCCGCAAGCUGAGAUGCUUAUAUUUUGGACUGAUUUUGCUGUUUGAAUUGGACUAUUGUCUUUCAAAACUAGGACUCUGCAAUCAGUGCAGCUUUUUGAAAUUAAUAGAGAACGCGAACUUCCCUUCCAAAGAUGCCAGACUCUCCAUCCGGUCUCUCCACAUUGCAGGCAUUCCAGUGCGGUUUUACCAGCCCAAAGCAUCGCAGGACACCCAACGGGGGGUCCUUUUCAUCCAUGGAGGAGCCGGCACCUUGGGGAGCCUCGUAUCCUAUGAGCGAUUAUGCCGCCAUAUUUCCAGAGAGACUGAUUCAGUGGUUUGGUCCAUUGGGUAUAGCCUAGCUCCUGAACAAUCGUAUCCGGUGCAAUUCCAACAAUGUUUUGAUGUUGCCGUACAUUUUUUGAAACACGCGGAAGAUUAUGGCGUGGAUCCUAACCGCAUCAUAAUUUCUGGAGACAGCUUUGGGGGCUUGCUUGCCGCUUCCGUUUGCCAAAUGAUUUCACAGAGAAACGACAUCCCCAGAUUGCGUGCUCAGGUGCUGAUUUACCCUUUUCUUCAGUCCGUGAAUUAUAGUUUGCCUUCAUACAGGCAAAAUGCUCACGUGCCCCCCUUGACUCAAAGGCACACGGUGAAAUUUGCGUUGCAAUAUCUCCAGAAAAAUGUCUCCUUAGAGCAGGCUAUCUUGGAUGGGGCCCACGUCCCCCGUGAAAUAAAAAUGAAGUACAGGAACUUGAUAAACCCUGAUAAUAUACCCAAGGAAUUCAAGGUAAGGAAAGUCAAGGCUCCGAAACCCAGGCCUUCUUUUGGUGAGAUCCGGGAUAUCAUAGAACAACUGUGUGGCCCUCUGCUCUCCCCACUUUUAGUUGAAGACGAGAGCAUCCAGCAGCUCCCAGAGACUUUCCUCUUAACUUGUCAGUACGAUGUUUUGAGAGACGACGCAAUCUUGUACAAGAAACGAUUAGAAGACAACGGUGUCGCUGUGUCCUGGUGCCACCUGGAGGACGGUUUCCAUGGAUUUUUCUUUUUAAUUAAUCAUUGGUUGCUAACAUUUUCAUGUUGCAGAACAGGGAUGGACACUGUGCUUAACUACCUCAGAAGGUUAUAG